ACUCAGCAAUUUGCUGCAGUCAACAAGAGACAUGUCUAGCAACGAACAGCUUUUCAUCAAGGAGUAUUUCAGUUUGCCUUUGAGCAGCCUAAGGCCAGUGUUGGCUGCUGCACAUAUCAGCACUGUCAGGCUGAUCCUUCAGUACUAUAACAGAUUCAAGGACUCCCUACAGCUAUCAGAUGAAUACCAGUCCACCAUGGUGUCAGUGCUCCUAAAGAUCCACCAGGCAAAAGAUGAGAAACUUCUUCUUGAGUUGGGCUCUCUGCUGGCUGCAGCAAGUCCAACUGAUAUCCAGGCAUUGUCCUCCAUGCUCAACAUCAAUGUGCGGGAAACUAUCAACACAAACAUGGACAGAAUGAGUCUGGCCCAGCGAGAGGCAUUCGGCUUGUGGUACAGCAAAGUUAUGUCCGCCUCUAACAUCACUGGAGGUCAUCUAUCGCUCAUCAGGGACACAGGAAACCUGAUUGCUUACUUGCCUUUCCAAAGUUUCCAACACCUUUCAGCUGCUCAGCUGUUCGAUGGUCUGGAUGUGUUGCAGAGAAACACGCUCUCUUCUCUAAAGCAGGAAUUCAUUGCCGACAAACUUAUUGGGACCUACAGGAACCUGACGGCUCAGGACUUUAUCCGAUUGGGGAAUCUGUCAUGCCUCGCAGAUCCAGAGGAUCUCCUGGUUUACAGAAAUACUGAAGCCUUUCAGGUCAUCCAGGAGAACAUAUUGAGCUGCGCACUCAAAGGACUCAGUCUGCCCAGUCAAAUGGUUUCAGAUUUCUUACUCAACAACCCAGAGCUUCAGAUCCCGUCCUCACUCAGUGCUAACCGACUGAAAGAGCUUGCCCCACUCCUGCCCUUACUAGGUGCAACCUUCUUAAAGGAUCUGACAUCAUCUCAGCUGAUCUCUGCUCUUCCUGCACUUAAAUCCGUACCAUUCACACCAAUACAGGCCUCUAUAAUUGUGGACAAGCUGUUUUUAACCAACACGCUGAGGCAGAACCAGCUGCAGGAGCUUGGCUCGCUCAUUGUUGGUGUAAAGACAGAGACCCUGCUGCCCCUCACUUCUGACAGACUGCUGUCCAUGUUGAAGGCCCUCAGCCAACACACUCCCAUCCGCUGCCUGCCACACAAGCAUGCCCUCUGCGCACCAGAAGCAAACGCCAUUGCAACCAAACUAUGGGGCUUUCCAGAAGUUGUCAGCUGGCUGGAUGACGUGGAGCCUUUGCUCAGAUGCACGCCCCUGCUGAGUAUCCUUCCCAGAACUCGCCUUCUUGUGGAAAGACUCUCUAAUACAUCCACUAAACCUUGGAACACACAGCAGGCUCAAGCAAUUGUCAAAGAGCUGAUUAAUAUUAACCCAGAUCUAAUCAAACAAGAUUUUCUGAGUCUGCAAAGACUGGGUCAGGGUCUCAGCUGUAAUGUCUUAAAGUACCAUUUUCAGGCUGAUAAAUCACCUUCUUCUGUGAGGAAGAUUUUGAGCUUCCUUCAGCAGCAGCCUACCGUUCUUCACACUUCCCUGAAAAAGUGUGUGAUCGAGGAGCUGGACACAUUUGACUUCACCGACAUGCUUCAGGAUCUUGGAGCUGAAAUUGCUUUGUCGAUACCGGUGAGCACCAUUAAGAAGUUUUCUGCAGAUAAGAUGGACACUCUGAGGAACAUGAUUGUCACUACACCUCAACACUUUCUCAUGUUAUCCAGAACAAAACAGGAGCUUCUUGUUGACAAGAUUGUUCAGAGGAUGGCCAUGAACACCGGGCCAUUCACCGAAGAGGAGUUUCGUUCACUGGGCAUUAUGGCACCAUUUGUGGGGGAUGAAGUUUUUGUUCAGUUGGAACGAACCUUCUUCAUUCAAAACCUGGAAUACCUCAAAGGACUGUGCUACAGCAGCAGCAAGAUGGAAAUAGUGGCACGUAUGCUGCAAGAACCUGCUGUUUUUGGGCCAGUGAAAAACUGGAACAAGGCAACUCUCAGUGCGGUGGGACGGUUUCUCUUUUUCCUGCCUUCGAACAUACUACAGGAGAUUUCAUCGCCGUUGAUGACGGUGGGGCGCAUAGAGAGGCUGUUCAUGAGCCACCGUCAGUGGGAGGAGGGGGAAGUGGGGAUCCUCUGCUCAGACAUGAACGAGAGGAACGAACUUUCUCAAAAACAGCAGUUUGUUCUGCAGACUUACCUGGGAUUCCUGAAAAUAAAUUCUUUCUCACUUCCUCAGAUUGUUCCGACCUGUGAAAUCCUGCGUACCACAGCCCCGUCUGCCUGGACUUCAAGCAGCCUUGGCAGGAUGUCUUCAUCUGCCUUCUCCAACUGUCUGGAGCUAAUGGGGCAAGACCCCUUCCUUCAAUCCUACCAGCGUGCAGAGGUUCUCAGCAGAGUAAAAAAGAUAUAUGGCCCUAUCUCCUCCUUCUCCCAGUCUCUAAUUGCUCAGCUGGGUGGAAUAGCAUUAGAGAUGUCACCAGAAGAGCUGAGUGCUCUUCAACUGGAAGAACGAAGGAGUAUUGCUGCUAUGGGAGCCAUCAGCACCUGGAACAACAGACAGCUGACUACACUGUUUACUAGAGUGUUGAACUCCACCAAGCGGACACCGAGUCAGCUUGACUCCAGCAUGCUGGUGGCGCUCGGACACAUUGUGUGCGGAGCUAAAACCACAGAGAUCAAGACUUUUAACAAUGUGGAGUUAAGUAAGGCAGUUCUCUGGCUGGGGCAGCUGAGGCUGUCCUGCUCAGAGGACCAGAUGCUUGCUCUGGUUGAGCUGCUCACCAACAAUCUUGCUUUUGGACCCAUGGAUUCAUGGGGCACAGAUGUGUUUAUUGAAAUAGGAGUCCUGGCAGCUGGUCUUCCUGAUAUUGCCAUGUCAGCUCUUGUGAAAGAACAAAUUCAAGGUAUCACGCCCCUGGCUAUCUCCAUUAUACCUCCUGAAAAGUUUGCCGCAGCAUUUCACCAGAGCCAGAUCAGCAUGUUCUCCUAUGAGCAGGCAGUUGCAGUGACUCCACAGCAGCUCUCAGCUCUGAGAGACGUUCAGAGGACAGCUCUAGCCAUGGUUCUGACUCCCUGGGAGGACAGGCCAGUCGUUCUCAAAAGCAGACCACUGGGACUGGGGCUGACACUGAGGCACAGCCCUCUCUGCCUCAUCCUGGAACUGCUGAUGCUGCUUAUCAUCUUGUUCUGACUCGACUCAUGAACCCGCUCACCCAGCAGGAUCACGCCCCCGAUCACAUCACAACAAAAACACAUCUCGUUUUGUUCUGUACAGAACUUUACAUUAGAAAGUUAUUCAAUUUAGAAUCUGUUUUUAGCAGCAAUCAGUUUGACACCUGAAAGAGUAAACCCUGCAUUUGAACUUAUGUCAGAAAAAGAU